AUGCUACUGAAGAGAAACACCGGUCUCAUGAUACUGAUGCUGUGUACUCUGGCUCUGUGGGCCAAGUCAGUCAGUGCAGGCUCCAGCUUCCUCAGCCCCUCCCAGAAACCACAGGGUAAAGGGAAGCCCCCUCGAGUUGGUCGGCGAGACAUUGAGAGCUUUGCUGAGCUGUUUGAGGGUCCCCUUCACCAGGAAGACAAACACAAUACGAUCAAGGCUCCUUUUGAGAUGGGCAUCACCAUGAGUGAGGAGGAGUUCCAGGAGUAUGGUGCCCUGCUGCAGAAGAUCCUGCAGGACGUCCUGGGAGACACUGCCACUGCAGGUGCCCUGCGAUGA